AUGAUCAUUUACAAGGACAUCACAUCUGGAGACGAGAUGAUCAGUGACUCGUUUCAACUGCAAGACGUCGACGAUGUGCUCUUCAAAGUGAAGACGAAGCAUGUGACCAAAGGAGGGCUGGAUCUGGGGAUAGCGGUCAAUCAGGGCGAGGACGAUGGAGACGCAGCAGACGGAGUAGACGACCAGGUGGAGAAGGUCAUCGACGUCGUUGACGCUUUCAGGCUGCAGUCCAUCGGGGGCUUCGACAAGAAAGGAGCUCUAGCCUGGGCGAAGGCCUACCUCAAGACCAUAAAGGAGCGACUGGACAAAGAGAACCCUGAGAGGACCCAGCAGUUUCAAGAGAAGUCUCAGAAGUGGAUCAAGGAGGUCCUCCUCAAGGACAUCGACAGUUUCGAGUUCUACACGGGGCCGAGCUUCAACACGGAAGGAUCGCUGGCUAUGUUCACCUACGAAGGUGAGGACGUCAGCCCGACCAUGUAUCUGUUCAAGGAUGGUUUGGUAGAAGAGAAAUGUUAA